AUGGCCCCUUAUGCGGUGCAAUCGCAGUCGCGAGACUCCCUAGAGCUUGCGUCACUGGCGAGUUCGAGCAUGAUAGACGGCGGUGCUGCAUCGGAAGUCUCUUCCAGACAAAGUAUAUCGUCAUCGCGGAGGUUGUCACUAGUAGAAGAGGAAGACCCCUUAGACGCCGACAACCCGGCCGGAAGGUUAGGACGAUCGUAUUCGGUAUCAUCGACAUUCGAUUUCGCCGCGAACCUGUUCCCUUUAAGCUCAACUACAGGAGCAGGCGGAUAUGCGCCCAUCGGUGCGCCGACUUCUGGCACACGGUCGGGUGGUGCUCUCGGCGGUGGAUCAUUGGAAAAGCACAAGACGUUGACAUACCUGAACGGACUGUCGCUUAUCAUUGGCCUGAUUAUUGGAUCCGGAAUAUUCUCAUCACCGAGUCAAAUCAGCUCCAAAGUUGGCUCACCGGGAGCAGCGAUUGUGGUAUGGGUUGUUGCUGGAAUUCUCGCCUGGACGGGCGCCGCGUCGUAUGCGGAACUGGGAGGCGCAAUACCAUUAAAUGGCGGCGCGCAAGUGUAUCUUGCCAAGACCUUUGGUGAGCUGGCUGGAUUCUUGUUUACGUGGACGGCUGUUUUGGUGUUGAAGCCCGGAAGUGCUGCUAUCAUUGCUAUCAUCAUGGGAGAGUAUUUUGUUCGAGCCAUCAUUGGCGCCGAGGCAGAGCAUGUUAAUCCAUGGGUGAACAAGUCUGUGGCGUUGCUGGGGAUAUUUACGGUUACAUUUUUCAACUGCAUUUCUACACGGAUGGGCACGCGUAUCAACGACGUGCUCAUGUUUUUGAAGUUUGUGGCAUUGCUAUUUGUUACUGUUGUGGGCAUAGUGGUAGCUGUGACGGGAUAUACCUUCAAGGGCGAGAAGGACGCUGCUUGGAAACCACAUGAUUGGUUCAACGACACCUCUUUGGACUUGUCAGACUGGGCUGUUGCGCUAUACGGCGGCUUGUGGGCGUACGACGGCUGGGAUAAUACAAACUACGUUGUUGGCGAGUUUCGAAAUCCUAGCAGAGAUCUUCCAAGGGUCAUUCACUCGGCCAUGCCCCUCGUCAUUGUGAGCUAUGUGCUCGCCAAUAUCGCAUACUUUCUCGUUCUACCCGUUGAGCAAGUCAAUAGCUCGAAUACCGUGGCCGUCAUGUUUGGCUCCAAAGUGUUUGGCUCCGUUGGCGCUAUUGUGAUUGCGUUAAUGGUUAGCGCGAGCUGUCUCGGCGCUCUCAACUCUUCAACCUUUACCGCAGGUCGCCUGGUUUACGUUGCUGGCAAGGAGGGCUAUAUCCCAGGAGUUUUUGGGAAAAUCGGUGUUCACAAUCAGGAUCCCAGCCUCACCACGCAACGCACUCGGAACUGGCUCUCCAAAAGGAUCCACGCCUUCUUUGGAGACGAAGAAAUGGGCCUGUUCUUUACCCCCAUCUACGCCUUAAUUCUAAACGCCGUCAUCACAUGCGGAUACUGCAUCGUCGGCGAAUUCCCCACGCUUGUCACGUUUUACGGCGUCGCUGGAUACACAUUCUAUUUUUGCACUGUCCUCGGCCUAAUCAUCCUCCGCGUCAAAGAACCACAGCUCGAGCGGCCGUACAAGACGUGGAUUACAACCCCCAUAAUAUUCUGCUGUGUCAGUCUCUUCCUCCUGAGCAGGGCGGUCUUUGCACGCCCGAUUCAAACCAUCGCCGUAGUAGGCUUCGUCAUAGCAGGCAUCCCCGUAUACUUUUGGCGUAUCCGCGGUAGAGAUAAGCCGAGGAAAGCAGGUGGCGACGAAGGGCAUAGACCGUGGUGGCGUUUCUGGAAACAUUGA